AUGCAGCCACGCAAUCUGCUAAAAAUAGAAAAGCUCGAAUUCAAAGAAUAUAGCGGUAAGAUGAUGUCACAUCCAGAUAAUAUUUCACCGAAUGACAUUUCGUCAAUACGCAGGAAGGAAAGCACGCAGAAGAUAGCAUAUGAUGACACGAGCAGAAUUAGCUUUGUGGGUGCUACUCCGCACAGGACGGACGUAGUGCAUGAUGGUGUGCCGAGCAACUACAACAUGGACAUUUUCUAUAUGAAGAGCAUCUGGAAGAAAGAGAGGAACCGAUUGGCAGCAAAGAAAAGCAGGGAGAAGAAGGCCAAACUGAUGAAGGAGUACGAGAUCAACGAGAAGAAAAAUAUUCAGGAGAUUAUGUUGCUUAAGCAGGCCAUAUAUGACUAUGACAACAUCUUGAAGGAGUUCUUUAUUUAUAUAGAGAACGUGCUGAACGAGAGUAACGUGCAGGGUGACAAUCUGGUGGCACUAUUCGACUUUCUGUGCAGGUUGAAAAAGCCAGGAAAGGAUUAUUACAUUGAAAAUGUCAACAGCUGCAUGGAGAGAUCGCUAGUGGUGACCAAUAACCAAAUUUAUACGUUAGCAAUCAAAAUACGUAAUAGAUUGAACGAGAUGUGGAAUCAGAGACGACGAGGGUAG